GACAGUAUGAACAAUCUGACUUCCAUGUCCACCUUUCUGUUGCUGGGAUUCUCAGAUGACCUAGAACUACAGAUCUUACACUUCUUUGUAUUCCUAACAUUGUAUCUGAUGGCAGUAAUAGGGAAUCUUCUCAUCAUCGUUGCCGUCAUUGUUGACUACCACCUACACACCCCCAUGUAUUUCUUCUUAUUGAACUUGGCCAUGAUAGACCUUGGAUUCAUUUCAGUCAUAGUCCCCAAAUCAAUGGCUGUGUCCCUCAUGGAUGACAGGUCCAUUUCUUACUCUGGAUGUGUCGCUCAAGUUUUCUUAUCUUUAUUUUUUGCACCAUUGGAUGUUAUUGUUCUAACUAUAAUGGCACAUGAUCGACACAUUGCAAUCUGCAAUCCACUUGAAUAUGAUAAAAUUAUGCACAAGGGCAAUUGCCUUGAUAUGGUGGCCAAAGGGUGGAUAUUUAGUGUUUUCUAUGCCACUUUGCAUACAUGUUGCACCUUUGCAAACACCUUCUGUUCCAAUAGUAUCAAUCAGUUCUUCUGUGAAAUCCCACAUUUAUUAAAGAUUUCUUGCUCUGAAAUUUAUUUAGUUGAAAUUGGGCUUCUUGCAUUUAGCUGUGGUGUAACACUUGGAUGUUUUGUUUUCAUUGUCAUUACAUACUUGAAGAUUUUUGCUACAGUGCUGAGAAUCCCAUCUGUGCAUGGCCAAAAAAAAGCUCUUUCCACCUGCAUUCCCCAUCUCACUGUUGUCUCCCUGUAUGUAUUAACAGGGGUCUUUGCCCAUGUAAUUCCACCUAGUGAUGUUUUUUCUGCUCUGGAUGUGCCAUCUGCUGUGAUGUAUUCCGUAAUUCCUCCCACAUUGAAUCCAUUCAUCUACAGCAUGAGAAACAAUGAGAUCAAGGCUGCCUUGUGGAAAAUCUUAAAAGUUGUGUUUUCUUAUUCAGAUGUUUUCUGA